AUGCACCUCAUUGAUGAGAGAGUCAACUGCGUCGUCAGUCAACAGUGGCUGCAAGCCGACUUGGAUAUCCCCAGCGAUGACGACAUCGGAUAUGAUGUCGACGUUCACGUUUUCUGGUGGCUUGUAGGCCUACGCCUGGAGAUUUUCUUCGAUUACUUCAGUAAAAGUCUUCCUGGCCUCCUCCAGGUACCUGGCAACUCCAUUUGCUUGACCGUUCCAUCCACCUUUUCGAAGGGGUUCUCCGGAUUCAGCUCGACGGUGUGCAUGACCUUCUCCACAGCUCCCGGACUGUUUUCUACCAUGUAG